AUGGUCAAGAUGUAUAGCGAGCUUGUAUUCCAAAGGUUGGGCAGGAAGUUUUUCAACUCUUGGAUGUCUUUUGUUCCAGAUCUCAAUUUCCUGACAUCUGGCUGGGAUCUCAGGCACUUUCAUAGAACAAUCAAAGCCCUCUCUGCUCAAGAUCAGGAGAAAGUUGUACACGCCAUCAUAUUCAUGGGUAAGGUACUAUCACAUACGCGGGAAUUCUUCUCCUUGAGAGGAUCCCAAUUCAGCGAACAAUUUGCCAAAAUUCACCAGGAAUUUAUAGAAUUACAAUCCAACUUUCUCAGCCAAGCCCACAGUCUUUCUACAAAAUUAGACCAGGCCGGACCAGAUACAAUCAAUGAGGUAAUGAAAGGAUCUCUGAUCACAUCUUUCACAGAAAAACUGGUUGAUUUUUUUAAGAAACCCAACCUGGAACAAAGAACAAUUGAGUACCAGCUGGUUUACUACAUGCUGAAUUACAUGGACCAAAACCACUCUCAAAUCAUCAGCAAGACGGUAAAACACACUGAGACAAAUUUACCGAGGACAGAGCGGGAAAAGCAUCUAUAUGUCUUUGUAGAGCAAUUCAAAUUUAUGAGAGCUUAUUUGAAACACUUUCCCAAUCAAAAUUGCGGUGAAUACUACUCUGGUGGAUACCAGGAUUUGAGCCGGUUUGGAAGGAUGCUCCUUGACCCCUCCUUCAAAUUUCAUGCUUUCAAAGACUGGAUCAAUGCUUAUGUUGUCAAGUUAUUUGACCAUACCAACUGGAUUAACUGGUUCCACCAAGACAAAAGGAAGUUUGACCCUUGGAUGGGAAAAGGUUCAAAAAAUUUGAAGCAACAGCCCUCUGUUAUGUCCUGUGUCUCAUAA